UCUGGCGGACGCCCACUCCCAGUCGCCGUUUUAUCAGCUCGGGCGCUACGUAGGAUAAGUGCAAGAUUUCUCGCUCGGCGUCGCCUGCCUGCAUGAGCGCCGUCACGUGCCACUUCAAGCGGCGCUGCCGCCACUCGACGCUGUUCCUGGGCGAGUACAAACGGACCAAUCGCACCAAGAAGACCAAGAUCCUGCGCUGCUUCCCACACUGCUGCCCCGAGCACCUCAACCGCAGCUACUGCGGCUCGUCGCUCUGCGUGCGCGUGGAGCUCGUCAGCCCCGCGCGCCUGGACGCGCAGCAGCAGGCCAGCACGACGACCGUCUCCACGGCCAACCCGAGCAGUCUGCUGGUGUACGCGCACUUCGAGGAGGCGCAGACCAACUUCCUGGCGCUGGACGCCACGAUCGACUUCGACGACAUCGUGGGCGCCAUCCAGACGGAGCAGACCCCCAAGGGCACGUGGAUCGAAGGCGCCGUGGUGCGCGACGCUGAUGGCGCGGGUCAGCACAGCAGUCUCUUCCAGAUCAACCCUGGCGCGCGAUGGUACUACGAGUGGGAGAGCGCCGCCACCAAGGCGCAGCGCUUCACCAAGCACGCGCUGCGGGUCUACGUCUUCCAGCGCGUCCAGUCACAGCUGCGAGUCGUGGGACUCGUCUCGUCGUCCGAGUUCAUGGUCGUGUCCUACCGCCGAGCUCCCAGCGAGGUGCGAGCGGAGCGGGAGGCCCUGGAGGCUCUACGCGCGGCGGUAAGCGUCCAGCACAGCGUCACUGCGGAUCUCGACCCACACAGCAGCAACAUGGACAGCUCUGUGGCUAUCGAUCGCAUGCUACCAGCUCCCCGAGUGCAGCAGGUAUUAGCAGGCCGAGAGGAGGCGCUGUGGCAGGAUCGGAAGCUGUGGGAGUGCCGCCACCCGGGCAUCAUGACGUCCUCGAAGCAGCUCGCCAUUCUGUACUACUUCCUGCGCUAUCUGAAUGCGUCCUCCUUCCAACCGUUCUUGAAGCAGCUGAGCUUACUUUUCAGAGACCAAAUCGCAGGGUAUCACUCAGUGGCUGGCAAAGUGUGGAGAGGGCAGGACGAUGGUAAUGACAUCGAGCCACGAUCAGAGCCGCCACUUUCGUGGGCCUUUCUCGAGCCACUCGCUCGCGUUAACAGCGACCGAAGUAACAGCGACCGAGGCAGACUAGACGACGCAGCAGGAAGUGAAGAUGAAGGUGUUCCUCGACCCCUUCAACGCAUUGUGGAUAUCUGCGGUAACCUGGCAGGCUGGUUGGCGCUCGACAGUGCAAACCUGGAGCUGUACCAGCGAUUCCUUCGGUCGUACAGUGCAGCACUGCUGGACAAAAGUCGACUGCGAGCUGGGUACGUGGAAGCUGUCAAGUUGAUGUGCAAGCUGGUGGACCGCUUCAUAGGCUGGAGCGAAGACCUGUCAGCUUCUUCUUCGUCGUCGUCGAUGUCGCUGGCGCUCCUGUGCGAGGAGAUCACGUCGGUCGUGUUUAAGUACGACCACCUGAAGCCGCUGCGAUCUACCGUGAUGAGCGUUCUGUCCUCUAACACGAUGUUCGGCAUGCACGAGUUUGUGGCGCAGCUUCGAGCGCAGUUCCUCCUGCAGCAGUCCAUGCUAGCACCCGCUCGCAACAGCUUGGCAUGGAGGGAUGCGAGUCAGGCGUCGAUGUUUGACGGCUCGUGGGUGUUCAACGGACAUCGCUCGUUGCUGACGCCCAUCCGAGGAUCCUCUGCGGCCGAUGUCUCGAUAGGGUGCCUGCUGACGUUCAUGCGCGAGCUCGCGCGUAUCAGCAUCAGACCGGUGAAUGGGCAGUCGCUGGAGAUUUUAUCCGACUGGAACGUUUACAUCGCUGGCAGUUCGCGGUGUCUUGUCAUUAAGGCCUUCGUCGAGGAGGGACUCGGGAAGAUGGACAGCAGCAGCCAAGCACCGGACUUUGAAGCAAUGCCGUUCAGCUCUAAGCACGAUGCAGUGGAGGCGUGGUAUCCAACAUACGAAAUGAUCGGCAUGUAUGACGGCAUCGCAUAG